AGCUCACUCCCGUUUAUCUCUCUCUAAAGUCCCAUCUCAUUAGCCGGAGGAACUCAUCGCCGGUUUCCCUCUCGUCUCUCUGCUCUCGCCGGCGCUCCGCCCGCAGAUCCGAAGCUUUUCGAGGCCUCCUACGGUUUCCCUUCUUCGAUCCGCGCGUCGCCGAGGAGAUCUUGAGCUCGUCCGUGGUGUUCGGCGGCGAUAGGAGUGGUUCCGAGGGUCGCGGAAGCGUUGGCUGCCCGAGGGUCGGUGGAGGCGGGGUUUGUUUGGAUCCUCCUCGCCGAUUUCGGCAAUGCCAUGUGGAAUCUCUGCUCUUUCUAGGGUUUUUCCGGUGUAUUUGAGUGAUGGGAGAGUGGCGGAGCUGCUGCAAACCCUAGGUUGAGCUGGAGUCGUGGAUGGGAGCGAUUUCUUGGGUUCAUCUUGGCUGAUUUGAGUGGUGGUUGGCAGCCGGAGCUGUCGAUUGUCUUCUUGGAAGAGUUAAUGAUGGAAAAGUCUUGAGCUUUUCUUGUAUUUUUGGGUUUUGGAUUGAACGAAGCGGAGGAAUUUGGUAGAACUUAGAAGUUUUUGGGAUCAGGAAGUAGUAGUUUUGAUGUCGGGACCGCCGAAAGUCCGGUCAAUGAAUGUGGCUGAUCUUGAAUCGAGGCCAGUGCUGGUGCCGGCCGGGAACAAAGCCAGGUCGGUGGCUACAGCACGAAAGCCAGCUUCAAAGCCUUUUAGGAAAGUAGUGAGAACAGAGGUCACGGCAGCUGAGGGAAAGAGGGACUCGAAACAGAGUACAGAUCUGUCUCCUUUAUCUCUAAGUGCUCCUUCAGUGUUGGGGAGGCAUGAGCUGCUGUUGCACUCGAACCUGUCGCUCAAUGCUUCUUGCUCCUCCGAUGCAUCAACUGAUUCUUCUUGCAGCAGAGCAUCCACUGGGAGGAAUGGUAGGACGAGCUUGACGACCCGGCGGAGGCCCAGCACUCCAAGGCCCGAGAAGAUCACGGCAAAGGUGGAAAAAAUCAUGCUGGAUGAUUCCUCUGUAGGUCUGCAGGAGCUGUUACAUGUAAAAAAGAAGUGUGCUUGGGUGACACCAAAUAUUGAUCCAGCUUAUGCUGCUUUCCAUGAUGAAGAAUGGGGAGUUCCUGUCCAUGAUGAUAGGAAAUUGUUUGAGCAGCUUGUACUAUCAGGUGCAUUGGCUGAACUUACAUGGCCAGCAAUUCUCAACAAACGACAUAUUUUCAGGGAAGUCUUCAUGGAUUUUGACCCCGUCUCAGUCUCCAAAUUGAAUGAGAAAAAAAUUGUAGCAACAGGAAGCACUGCCAGCUCCCUUUUGUCAGAACCAAAGCUACGAGCUAUCGUGGAGAAUGCACGCCAAAUACUCAAGAUCAUAGAUGAGUUUGGAUCAUUCGAUAGAUACUGCUGGAGCUUCUUGAACCACAAGCCCAUCAUCAGUAGAUUCCGCUACCCACGUCAGGUUCCUGUCAAAACCCCUAAAGCUGAUGUGAUCAGCAAAGACUUGGUUCGAAGGGGAUUUCGCAGCGUGGGGCCAACGGUCAUCUACUCCUUCAUGCAGGCUGCGGGGCUAACCAACGACCACCUCAUCAGCUGCUUUCGAUUCGAAGAGUGUAUAGUUGCUGCAUCAUUAGGCAGGGAUGAAGGGAAUGAGAUCAAUGCUAAGGCCAAAGGUGAGGUGGAAAAGAAAAUUACAUGCUAGGAGAUUGUACGCACAGAUUUGGAUUUGUCAAUAGCCAUGGAUGCGCCGAGCAAUUCAAACUGUUUUUUUGGAGAUGAGUGGGGACAUUUGUCUGUACACCACUGAUACUGCUGGAUUACCUUGGAAAAAAAAGAAGUGGCAGCCCUGUGUGUAUAAAAUAUAUUUUUUGAUAUUUAUGCAUGUUGAUUUGUAGAUGUUAUACCAGAGGCAGAGAGAGAAUAUGGGCACCACGUUGCAGUGCACCAUGCCAA